AUGCUUGUCAGAAGUCUAUCACGAAGACUAUGGAGCACAUUACGUUAUCAAAAAAGGUUUCUAUCUUCUGAACCAGCAAAACCACAACAGGAUGUCAAUUAUGGAGUGGAACCAAUUCAGUCAGAAGCCCUAGAUAAGGAUAUAUGCCUGCUAGUGGAUGAAAAGGACAAUUUCAUUGGCACCGCAACAAAACGGGAGUGUCACAAGGUUGCAGACGAUGGCAGUAUCUUGCUACAUCGCGCCUUCAGUGUAUUCCUCUUUAACAAAAGAGGGGACAUGCUCUUGCAAAGGAGAGCAAGUCAGAAGGUCACAUAUCCAGACUAUUACACGAACGCUUGCUGCAGCCAUCCUCUGUACAUAGAUGAAAAACCUGAAGAUAUUAUCACAGCUGCUAGACGCAGAAUGAACUACGAGCUGGGUAUCCCUCUAAAUCAAAUGGAUCCGAAACUGUUCACGUUCCUAACGCGCGUGCAUUACCACGACCCUGGAGAUGGCGUAUGGGGCGAGCAUGAGAUCGACCACAUCUUAUUCUUCCAGGGUGAAGUCAGGGUCAAGCCAAACUCCGACGAGAUAUCCGAAUACUGUUUUGUCCCUAAAAACGAAUUUAAUUCGUUCAUACCGACCCUCGAAGGACCUUUGACUCCGUGGUUUAACAUGAUUCGCCGCCAUCGACUGAAGCUCUGGUGGGACAAUCUUCAUCGCAUUAAGGAACUCGCAGAGCCCGACAAAAUAAACAAAUUCCUUAACGAAAAAUAA